UCCUCAGUCCCCCUCCCCGCCCCUCCGCAAACAGACAUACACACACAGACCACACGGUGCGGAACAAUAAACCAAGUUGGAAUCCAAACCCAGACGUCUCCACUCGAGUUUACGGCUGAGCUACGGGAUCCGGCCGGCGGGCUUCCUUUCCUGCCAGUCUCCCUCAGUCUCUCUCCAUUACGCACAGCAAACGCUUAGAGAAGGAAGGGAAGUGACCGGCGGAGAGACAAUGUCCAGAGCACCCCGCUGGGGACCAGGAGGAGGCAGCGCUGAGUGGAAGAAGGUCGGAAAAGUAAAGUUGGAGCAGGUGCGACACUGAACUAGGACGAGCAAAGCUCCUGAACUGUCUUGUCCCGUGGGCGCCCCGAGCCUGGGGCGCGCCUGUGACCCCCUCCCCCUUCCCCGAGCUCCCAGUCGGUUCCGCGGCGCAGGUGGGCGUGACAGCGCCUGGCAGAGAGCUCUGCCGCUACUCGGGGCGCUGCGCUUGGGAGGAGGAGGAGGAGGAGGAGGAAGACGAAAAGGAGGAGGAGGAGGAGGAGGAGGAGGAGGAGGGAAAGAAGAAGGAAGAGGAGGCAGCGCCCGUGGAGGCGCCAAGCUAGGCGGAGACGGACAGGGCAGUAGCGCCAUUCUUGCCCUGGAGCGGCCGCCGCCCGUACGGGAGCUAGAGUCCAAGCCUGCCUGGGACGGCGCGGUGCAAGAAGUAGGGCCUCGCGUCGAGGGGCACCGACUGCUGGGCAGACAGCCAACCGACUCGGCAGGAUCAGCGCUUCGCCAUGGGACAGCUGCAGCCGCCGCCGCCACAGCUACGGUCGCAUUUAACUCCUGCCAGCUCUGCCAGGCGAGAUCGCGUAGAUUUCUUGCCUCCCCGACCCAGGUUUUCUUACUGACCAGCUAGGGACCAAAGGGGCGGAGGGAGUGUGGGCGUGUAUGUGUGUGCAUGGGAGGGCUGGACGGGUCAUGCUUUUGUGCUGUGACCCCCUAAUGCUCCCUCCCUUCCCCUCCCCCUUCUAGUUGCCUCUUCCUCCUCUUCCUCCUCUUCUGCACUUACAAACCUUGCUUGCCCCUGCAGGCUCGCGGGGCUUGGAAACUGAGGGGAAGCUCCAGUUCGGGGUUUUUCCACGUAGGUUUGUCCUAUUCUCUUCUCGGACUGAUACCCUCCCGGACGCACGGCUCAUCCGGCAGAGCUGGGCUAGUGUUGCUCCGGGCCGGGGAGAGCUUCGGGACGAGGAGAAGCGACGGCGUUGCCCUAGUCUCCAGUGGGCACGGUUCACUGACUGAGGGAAGCUUCUGCGGGAGCUGCCGCUCGCUGCCGGUGGAAGGAGAACUCGGCAAUGAAGGCACUGAAUCCGAAUAGGCAGCACCCGAGCGACUCUGCUCAGGGGCUUGGGGCCAGGAGGGGACCCCUCUGCUUUUGCUCUCGUAGUGAGGUCAUGGAUCUCCAGCUGACUACCAACAGCACCCACUCCGGAGACCGCGGGGGGUCCUCCAACGAGUCCCUGUGGGCCGGAGCGAGGCAGCCCCCGAGCCAGUAUUCGCCCGCGGAGGUGGCCGGCUUGGCGGCGGUGGUGAGCUUUCUUAUCGUCUUUACGAUCGUGGGCAACGUACUGGUGGUGAUCGCCGUGUUGACCAGCCGUGCCCUGAAAGCACCCCAAAACUUGUUCCUUGUGUCCCUGGCCAGCGCUGACAUUCUGGUGGCCACUUUGGUCAUGCCCUUUUCGCUGGCCAACGAGCUCAUGAACUACUGGUACUUCGGCAAGGUGUGGUGCGACAUCUACCUGGCGCUGGACGUUCUCUUCUGCACCUCCUCCAUUGUGCACCUGUGCGCCAUCAGCCUGGACCGCUACUGGUCCGUGACGCAGGCGGUAGAAUACAAUUUGAAGCGUACCCCGCGCCGGAUCAAAGGCAUUAUCGUGACGGUGUGGCUCAUCUCGGCCGUCAUCUCCUUCCCUCCGCUCAUCUCCCUGUACCGCGACCCGGAGGACGACCAGUAUCCCCAAUGCGAGCUCAACGACGAGACGUGGUACAUCCUUUCGUCCUGCAUCGGUUCCUUCUUUGCGCCCUGCAUCAUCAUGGUGCUGGUCUAUGUGCGCAUCUACCGGGUGGCCAAGCUGCGGACGCGGACGCUGUCGGAGAAGCGCACGGUGCCCGAAGGCUCAUCCCAGACGGAGAAUGGGCUCAGCCGGCCGCCCGUGGGGGCAGGGCCCUCGACCGCCGCCGCUGCCGCCGCCUCCUUGCGCCUCCAGGCUGGGGAGAAUGGGCACUACCACCUCCACCAUCACCACCACCACCUUCACCAUCACCAUCACCAUCACCACCACCAACUGCGCAAGAGUGCCGAGCUCGAGGACAUCGAACUGGAGGAGAGCAGCACCUCCGAGAACCGGCGCAGGCGGCGCAGCCGAGAGGACGCUGCGGCCCGCAAAGGCAGCCGCGGCUUCUCCUUCUCCUUUUCCUCUACCAAAGGAGGCCCGUCGGCCGGUGCUGGGAGCCGCCUGUCCCGGGCCAGCAACCGCUCCCUCGAGUUCUUCUCGUCCCACCGCCGCCGCAAGCGCAGCAGCCUGUGCCGCCGGAAGGUGACCCAGGCCCGAGAAAAGCGCUUCACCUUCGUGCUGGCUGUGGUCAUGGGCGUGUUCGUCGUAUGCUGGUUCCCUUUCUUUUUCACCUACAGCCUGUAUGGCAUCUGCAGGGAGGCCUGCCAGGUGCCCGAGACUCUAUUCAAGUUCUUUUUCUGGAUCGGUUAUUGCAAUAGCUCCCUCAACCCGGUUAUCUACACCAUCUUCAACCAAGACUUCCGGAGAUCCUUCAAGCACAUCCUGUUCAAAAAGAAGAAGAAGACCUUCUUGCAGUGACCCCCGGUGGGCUCGGGGUGGGGCUGAAGGAGGAAGGAUGGAGGGAGCCCCGAAGGGGUGGCCGGGCAGGGCCUGAGCAGGAGGGACUACUGAAGGGGUGGCUCGGAGUUGGGCAAUGUUGAGGAGAGAGACCGAAGGACACCUGAAGGGUGGGGGGUGCAGGAGCAGGGAAAGGGGAUUGAAGAGAACAGGCGGAGAAGGUGGAGGAGGAGGGAAGGAUGGAAAGGAAAGGAAGAUGGAAAAGGAGAAACCUUACUUAGUUCGAGGUCUGCGCGAAAGCUAUCUUCAGAAGCCGGCCGAUCCGGUGCAAGUCCACCGGAUUCCGGCUGAGGGCGCACACUGCGGGUAAGGUUUGGCCGGACCGCGGGACCAGAUUUGGAUAGCAGGAGAAAAUGAGGCAGGGGAAAAAAUUAAGGGAAAAGGGCCGGCUUGACCGUGAAGGGCAUCGACAAUCUUUUGAUUACCUGAAAGUAUUUAAAAUGUUUGCCAAAAAGAAGGAAAAAAAAAAGAAACCAAACUUAUUUUCUAAAUAAACCUUUGUAAUCUAAACCUUUCGAUUGCACCAGUCCUUAGGAUCGAACAGAGAGGGAGAGAUGGGAAACUGGGCGGAAUGUUUACCAUGGGAUUAGGUUCUAGGAGUUUGGGGAAGUUCCACUUAAUACUCUGGACUCCACAAACUAUCCCUCUCCCCAUGUACCACGCGUGCGCAGACACAUAAACACAAUUAGGAGAGACUUGAGAACUGAGGAAGUCCCCUCCCUACCCCACCCCCCCAAGCACCACUUCGGAAUGGAUGAGGGACAGACAAUUUGUUGCCAGUUUACAUAUUGCCUUUGAUCAUUCACAUUUUCAAACUUAAUGUACAUGUAUACAUUGUGUAUGUACACACACACAUCUAGAUGACUCACAUAUGAUUAUCAUAUAGAUGAAAACUACAUCUUGUCUGAGACAUGGAUACACACCUAUAAAAUACACCUAUAAAAGUGUAUUGCAAUUAUUUGGGGGAAAGGGGGGUGAGGGAGGAAGAGAGCUGGCCGCGGGAAUUUACAAUCCUGAAUCUUUUAUCAUUUCUUAGCUUAGUUUCUUAGAAACUGUUUUUCCUCACGGAGCUUUCUUCCUCUUUAUUGUAACCUUCUAUUCCUUCAUUUCCUAUUCAUUCUCCCCAAGAAUCUCUUUUCACUUCCCGGUUCUUCUGCCUCUCCUAGCAGUUGCCUUGUCAAGCCCCGCCCCUGGCGUCUAGAGUCCACCUGAAGCCGCCCGAACCUGUCUCCCUUAUUGGCUGCCUCCCCCUUUCUUUCUUUCUCCCUCAGUCCCUCUAUAUCUCUGUCUCGCGCUCAGCCUCCGGAUUUUCUGCUUGUCUCUCUGGACCUCCUUUUCUCCUCCCUUUCUGUCCUCAUUCCCUCAACCUCUUCUUCUCUCCCAUUAUUUAUUCUUUUUAUUAUUAGAUUCUUUUCCAACUGCUGCCGCUUUUAUUCAAGCCAUUUUAUGGUCCCCCCCACCUCCACUCCGCCCCAUAUACCCCUCAAGUUUCCCUGACUGUGGCUUCAAUUCCUCCAAUUCCCCCUCUCUCCCUUCUUCACCUUCUUCUCCUCUAUACAUUCUUUCUCCUGUUCUCCUUAUCCCAGUGUCUUUCCUGCCUUUCCUUACACAUUUUCUUCCCCACCACUUAACUUGUCUUUUAUCUGUUGUUUUGCUCUAUCCCUGACUUUCCCUCAUUCGUUCUCCACUUCCUUUAAUUCUUGUUUUUGCUGUCCCCUUUCUACCCCUCUUUCCCACCUUUUCCAGCAGUCAUCCCAUCAGCAGCUGACCUUUACUAAACAAUUACCACUCUUUUCGUGUUCCCUUUGAUCAAAGAGACAGAAAAUCACCCUGUGUUAUUCCCCCACUUUAUUUUCUGAUCUUCUAUUCCCAAAGGCAGCAUCACUGGGCUGAGGAAGAAAGCCUACACCCACAGAGUGAGAGGGUGGCUGCAAUCCACCCUGAGCCAAAGAUAAGCUAGUCCGUCAAAGGUGCUUCUCACUCUCAGCCAAGAUCCUUUGAAAGGGCUGUAUGGGGAGAAUGGGAGCCAUAGUUUCCACAUGGCCAGAGUAGGUUCUGGAUUAGAAACUACUUGGCCUCAGUUCACCUUCCCCACCCCCCCAAAACAAUUAAUUAAUUUUCAGCACUUUCAAUUAGGCAGGAGAGUUAGGGAUGUUAAUCUGUUGAUUUAUUCUAGGUUGACUGGACUUUGGUAUUUGCUCUGCCACUUCCCUCCCUUCCCUUAUCUCCUUAAAAGCCACUUGGGGCAGCUAGGUGGAGCAGUGAACAGAG